CGCUGACGUGGCGCUCCCCUCGCACGGCGCAUGCGGUCGCGGCCCUUCCGGAGCGGAGCAGGAUGGUUCUGCUGGAGAGCGAGCAGUUCCUGACGGAGCUUACCAGGCUCUUCCAAAAGUGCAGGACUUCCGGGAGUGUUUUCAUAACGCUGAAGAAAUAUGAUGGUCGAACAAAACCAGUCCCACGCAAAGGCCACGUAGAAAGUUUUGAACCAGCAGACAAUAAGUGUCUCCUAAGAGCAACUGAUGGAAAGAAGAAAAUUAGCACAGUGGUGAGUUCAAAGGAAGUAAAUAAAUUCCAGAUGGCAUAUUCAAAUUUGCUAAGAGCCAACAUGGAUGGCUUGAAGAAGAAAGACAAGAAAAGCAAGGCCAAGAAGAGUAAAGCAACUCAGUGACGGAACAGUGUAUCACCAUCGCUAUAAUAGACUUGACCCUUGCUCAAAGCAAAGUCCAUUUCUUUUUGAGUUACCACUUGUCUUUGGCUUUCCUUCCAGCAGGAUACUGGGAUGUUGUGAUCAGUACUUUUGUUUACACUGAGAACAGGGGUGCUUUCUUUGGAUGGUUGUAUGGCAGGAGUAUGUACAGCAUUAUAUUGAAAGAACUUUACACUCAGCUGGUUUGUACUUACACUGCUGCUGUUUUCUCUGCAGUGUAAAACGUAUUUCGAGGGUAGCACAGGGUGAAGAGAAAUGCACCGUACCAGAAGUAAAAUAAAACUGGAGCAGGAGUCUUGGUGACAGAUGCCCAGUUUUAUAGAUGAACAUCAGUUGUUCUGGGGAAAGCAGGUGCCAACAUAUUAUCAGAAACAGCUGCUUUCCUGUUUCUGUCUUAAUCUGAGGGACAUGUCUACAUGAUGCAGUGCAGAUAUCUGUAAGGCAGCCAGCAAAGUGCUCAAGUUCUUGCAGAGCCUACACUCCUUGCUGAUCCAGCUGUUCUGAUCCUGGCUCAGGGUUGGGAGAGGAUAGGGCUCUCACCAUGUUCCCUUCAGACAUGGCUUAAAAAUGCUCAUGUCACUUAAACUUUUUUUUUUUUUUGUUUAUUAUCCUUCACUAUAUACAGGGAUCUGAGUUUUCCUUCCUUCAUAUGACCAGAUGUAAAAAGCAAAUAUGUAAUUGCUUCUAUUAAACAUUAUGAGAAAUAGA